AUGGGUUGGCUCUGGGGUGACAAAAAUGAUACUGUCCAAAAGCUCGAUCCCGGGCUUCGUGACUACCUCGAACAGGAGAAGCCCGACAAAUAUGUGCCUGGUCCUAAUGUGAAGCCGCCCUCCACGCCCGCGCAAUCGCCCGAACCGUCCGAUCCCUCGAAGCCCAAAGUUCCUGCAGCAUCACUCUACCCAGAUGGCCGUUACGCUUAUCUGUGGAAAACCUACAAGCCGCCGAUGGACCUUGAAGAACAACCCGGAGUCGGCGUGGCAUCGCGAGUGAUUGAAAAGUACAAAGAGCGCGGCGACACAGUGCAGCGAGCAGCAAUGGAGAACUGUGCCUUGGAGCAUGAAGCCCUGACAUACUGCUUCCAGACCGGAAAUUGGCGCAAGCAAAUUGAAGCCCGGCUGACCAUGUGCUCGGCGGAGAAUGCCACCUUUUCGCGAUGCUUUAUGACCCAGACUAAACUCCUCCAAGCACUCGGUUACGCAUCUAGCUUCGAAUAUGACGCCGAAAAAGAAGAGCGUAUUCAAAUGCAUGGCGACAAACUCUACCACCAGAUGCUAGACUAUGAAAAGCGAGUUGACGAUGCGAAGGCCGCUGGAAUCGCGCCACCGCCUAUCACGUCGCUUUUCAACCCAGAUAAGCCACCGCAAACCCCGGAAGUCGGCCUUGAGAUUCCUGGAGGAGAGCCAAUCCCAGCAGAGCUCAAACCGUCCAAGCCAUUAGAGAAGCUCACACCCCAUGAGCGAGAGUUAGAAAUCCGGGCACACUACGCGCAGCGGGAGCAGCACAAGAUGUAUGCGGAGGAGGCUGCGCCCUUCAUAAAGUCUCAAGAGGAUGCUCGACAGAAGCGACAGGAGAGAGCUGUAAGCUGGUUUGGAGAGAGACUCGGAAAGUGGCUGUCGUAG